AUGGAUGUAGAUACUGCAAACGUGCUGACAGUUUUAGCCGGUGUUGUGAUGCCUGGAUCUCGGGCGCCUGCAGUUCCUUUUAUGCAAGUGAGGAUGCCGAUGGUUGAUGAUGCGCAAGGUUGGUGUGCUGAGGCUAUAAAUAAAACCUAUGGUGCUUCAAUGGAUUUGGUUACUCUCAAAAAGAUGACUAAAAGAGGUGGAAAAGAUAAGGUAUUAGCACCAGGAAAACUUCAAGAAGAACGAAAUCGCAUAAUUAACAAGAAGCAUAUCGUUAGGAAACCUGCUCAAACAACAUUGUCUAUGCAGGAUGCAUCAUCGGCACCAACACCAGCUCAGGCAGCACCGUCCGUGCAGGUUGCAUCGUCGAUGCCGACAUCAGCUUCGAAAAAAUCAUCUGUGCAGGCUGCAUCGUCGAUGCCAACACCAGCUCAGGAAGCAUCGUCCGUGCAGGUUGCAUCAUCAAUGCCAACAUCAGCUUCUAAAAAAUCGUGUGUGCAGGCUGCAUCGUUGAUGCCAACACCAGCUCAGGCAGCAUCGUCCGUGCAGGCUGCAUCGUCGAUGCCAACACCAGCUCAGGCAGCAUCGUCUGUGCAGGCUGCAUCGUCGAUGCCAACACCAGCUCCAACUGUAGUACCUGUUCAUGCCACUACCUCUGAGAAUUUCAGUUUUAUGCCUACUCCAACUUUAAGCCAUCAAACAAUGGCUGGCCCUCAAAGUAUAAACCUUCAAACAAUGGCUAGCCCUUCAAAUUUGGCAGAGGAGGAAGAUGUGGAUGCUGAUGAGGAUGAGGCGGUGGGUCAAGAAACUAUUACCCCUCUUGUGCCAACAAUAGAUGAGAAUGGGAAAGUUAUUAUAAAACCAUCUGGUACUGGGCUAGUUCCUGCCAAAGAAGUUGCUGGUGCCAUUAAUUAUGCGAUACGCAAACAAUUUUAUAAACCUAUACAUCAUUGGUCUGCACUCGAUCCUGAUACGAAAGCUGAUUGGUUUAAGUUGUUUGGAGAGAAGGUUUCGUGGGAUCCUUUCGAUCAUGCAUUUGUCUAUAGCGCAUUUGAAAAAAAAGGAAGAAAACGAUUAAACGACAUGUUGGGGAAGGCGAGGAGAAAAGGGACUCGACCUUCAUGGAUUGGUGAUGAUGCUUGGGUUGAACUUCAAACUUAUUGGAAAAAGACCGAGUUUUUGGCUGUGUCUUCUCAAAACAAGACCAAUCGAGCUUCCGCAAGAGGCGGAGCAGUCCACACCACAGGCCGUAAGGCUCAUAUUGAUGUUGCACUUCAACUUUCACGUGAACUUCAAAGGGAUCUGCGUCCCGAUGAGUUAUUUUUAAAAACACACAAGAGGAAAAAUGGUGAAUGGGUUGACAGUCGUGCUGCAUCUACUUAUAAGACUUUUAAAGAGAAGUUUGAUGCAGAACUUCAGCCAACUGAAGAAGGGAAUGGAGAGGUUGUUCAGGUGUUAGAUGGAGAGCGUGUAAAUCAGCUAUGGACAGAGGCUGCUGGGGGCCGUAACCGUGGUCGGGUUUAUGGCGCUGCAGAUUUAGCUAUUAAUAUAAAACGUGGAUCAAAAAGUUUUACCCAACAAUCUCAAACUCCUCAACACUCUAUGUUUGGGAUGUCAUUAGAAGCUGAAAGAGCAGCUAGAAUUAGAGCUGAACAAAUUGCCGAGGCUGCAACGACCCAAUUACAAGAGGCUAACGAAGCAAUGCGAGCUGCUACCGAGGCUGCAAAAGCUGCUACCGAGACUGCACAAAGGAUGGAGAGGGAGAUGAAUGCUUGGAAGGAAUUUAUGAUGAAGAAAUUUGACACUUCAACUUUUGUAUCACAUUCUCAUCAUUAUGAUGACGAUUUGGAUGAUCAAUCAUUAGAUGAAGAUUGA